AUGAAAGAUCUUGGGUCUCUCACAUAUUUUCUAGGUCUUGAGGUGUAUCGUAGUUCCUCUGGUAUUUCUCUCAAUCAACACAAGUAUGCUAGUGAUUUGGUGGCUACAGCUGGACUGCAGGAAGCUACCUCUGUUGAUACUCCCAUGGAGUUAAAUAUCAAGCUUCGUAAAGAGGAGGGUGACUUACUUGUUGAUCCUAGUUUAUAUCGAAAAUUGGUGGGUAGCCUUGUCUAUCUCACCAUCACUAGACUAGAUAUUUCUUUUGCUGUACAGCAAGUUAGCCAGUUUCUUCAGACUCCUCGUCAUCUUCAUUUGGCUGCUGUCCAUAGGAUCAUACGCUAUGUUCAGGGCACUUCUGCCCGUGGCUUAUUUUUUCCUGCAGGAAAUUCUCCCCGUCUUGUUGCUUAUAGCGAUGCUGAUUGGGCUGGUUGUGCUGAUACACAUCACUCCAUCACUGGUUGGUGCGUGUUCUUAGGUGAUGCAUUGGUCUCUUGGAAGAGUAAGAAGCAAGACAGAGUUUCUAAGUCAUCUACAGAAUCUGAGUACCGGGCGAUGUCUCUUGCUUGUUCCAAGAUUAUUUGGCUUCGAGGAUUGCUUGCUGAGUUAGAUUUUUCUGAGACCGAUCCUACUCCUUUACAUGCCGAUAAUACAAUCAUCAAUAGUGAAUCCUCUAAUGAUGCUUGGCAUGUUUUGGAGACUCUUUAUGGUAGUCAUACUCGGGAUCGUAUUCAACAGAUGAAGGGCCAGUUGCAGUCGCUCAACAAAGGCAGUUCCUCUUUAGAGGAUUAUCUGCACAAGGUCAAAUCUCUGGCUUUGUAUCUUCAAGGUGUAGGAUUUGAGUUUGAUCCUAUACUAGCAGCUUUAAAUGCUCAGGAUAUUUUUCCACGUCUUGAAGGGGUCAUCGGCAAACUACGUGAUUUCAAAAUCCAUCUUCAAGUAGCAUGGGUGACUUCUCUUAAUGUUGCAUUUUACACAAAUCGUGGCAGAACCAAUACAAAGUCUUGUGGAGCUCAUGGUUCUCAUGGUCAUAAUAUUGCAUACAACCAGACCACUUCUUAA